UUAUAUUAUUUAUAAAUUAUAUAGAUUCGUCGUUCUUAAUAAUUAUUAUGCUUGAUGGCAUAUGUAUCUUGCUUUCAUUUAGCGGAACACUUCGACGAGUCCUAAUUUCGAAUCGAAUGUUAGCCAUGCGACAUAAUUUAAAGACGUUUUAUUAAUUUUAUUUUGAUUUAAUUACACUAUUGAUAGCAAUGUUUGGACAUAGAUGAUAAAACACCAUUAAUUUAGUAUAUUAAAAUUCGUGGUGGCUAGAGCCCUAGAAAUAAAACUGGGCUCCCCAUAAAGUGAUAAUGAUCAUACUAAAAUUAAAGUCUAAAAUAAAUUAUUAGUUAAUGUAAAACAUCAUCAUGAAUAAUUCGAAUGAAUAUGAGGGAAAUGUUCAAAAACGUAAUAAAAGACUUAGAUCUAAAGGUCCCAUGUUUGGAACAAGUAAAUCAUUAGUUAUGCAUGUUACUACUACAAGGAGACCAUUAAAAGAAACUUACUCAAGUGAAUGCUUAACAGAUAAAUAUGUUAGUGGUAAUGAAAAUCCAUACUGUAGUAGUAAACUGGUCAAAAAACGACGACGCACGUUUAAACUUAGUAAAUUCAAUGGAAAUGGAAAUAUCAACAAAAAAGAUAAAAACAUUCACCCAGAUGAUUUCAAUAAUUUAAAAUCAAGAGAUGUUAAAGUAAAAAAACGUAGCUGUGGUAUGAAUGCUAAAAUUAAAAUGAAAAAUCUAUCAACAUCCACAUUGCAAAAAGCUAUCAAAUCAAAAUCAGCGAGCACAACUAAAUUCAAACCUAAAACAUUUAAAUACUCAUGUGAUAGGAGUUUACACCAUACAAAAUCAGUUGGAACGUACGACAAUAACCAUGGAAAGCCUAUACAAGUUGGCACUAGUAAAAAGUCUCUUGUUACAUUUGAAGGAAAUCAACGAUGUUACAUCAACAAAUUAUUACUUGCUGCGAUGGAAAUUCUAAAUAGGGAUUUACAACAACAAUCAUGUAGCGAUGAGCAUAGUUCUCCAAAAGAUGCAUCAACUCCUAAGACGACAGUCAGCUAUGAAAUACAAAAGAAAAUAAACCAGAGCAAGUCCCAAUUAAGCAGCAUGAUUAAAAAAUAUUGUAAACGUACAAAUGUGAAGUGGAGUCUAAACAGUAGUUAUAGUCCGGUAAAUACUACAACCACAACUACUACUACGUCUUCUAAUACUUUUGUACUUAGAAGUGGUAUAAAUUCUACACUUAAAUUCCAUAGAAAAGGAUUAAAAACUGGUAACUUUGGUGCCUUACAAUUGGAAUCGAAAAAACUAAAUGAAAAUAAAUUGAAAAUCAGAAGACCUAAUGAAGCAAAUAUUAAACCAGAAAAAAGUAAUAAAUGUUAUUUAGACACUAAAGAUGGUACUUCUCAAGUGAGUAAAAAUAGUGAUUCUGAGAGUCCUGACAAGAACUCAACUAACUCUACGUCUGUUAGUACAUAUGGAUCUGCAACUGAAAAUAACAGCACUAAUUAUUCACAUGCUAAUGAUGUGAAAUCAGACAUACAAAAUUCUUAUAUAGCCAAUACUGAAGUGGAAAAACCUAAAAUAUUGCAUGGUGAUUUAAAAAAAGAUUUAAAUUUAAAACCAGAUAUGAUAAAAGGCACUUCGUACAAACAAAAAUAUGAAGAAGCAAAUGCUAUUUGUUCAGACGAAGAAGGAAAAGAAAAAGAAAUGCUAACUCUAACACUUUAUUCGAAAGAUGACCUAGUAAAGCCACAGUCCGAGAAAAAAGUAACUCAAAAAUGUAAUUAUAUGGAAUCUGAAAUAUCUAUUAACUACGCGAGAAAGAAAGAAAAUAAAAAAUCCUUAUUGCGUUCGCGAUUCUCAAAGAGGUCCUCAAAGAGAAAUACGAGUGCAAAGGUGCGGUGGCUAAGUGAAAAGAAAUCCCCAGUACGUUGUGAGAUCAAAAAAAGGAAGGAAUCACCUGAAGCAAAGAAUUUGAUAAAGGAUUAUGUGAAAACCGAUUAUUGUGAUCAACGUGAUAAACAUUCUUCAAAAGACAGCAAAAUGGGACUAUCUACUACUAGUUUUAGUAGCAUCAAAACAAAUUAUAGGUUUAAUGAACUGGGCAGUAAAAUGAGCCAAAUACUGAAAAAAAUUGGAUUUAAAUCUUGGUAUAACUUAUGGCAACAUAAUGAGAAGAUUCAAUGUGAUAUAUAUAAUAUAGGAAAAAAACAAAGUUCUCAUCACAAUGACGUUAUUACCGACCCUGAAACCUUCAGAAAAGAACUACUAAGCGAAGUUAAGAAGACGCUUAAAGCUAUUGCAGAUGGUAAUAUAACAAGAUCAAUAAUAGAUUUGAUGGUUGAUAAAGAUACUGGCAGAAAGUUGAAGACGGAAGAUAUAAUUCCUAGACUCGUUUCAUCAAAAUCACAAGCUUUAGCAAAAAAAGUCAGAAUACAACCACGUGAACCUAAGCAACCUUUUGAACCUAAGCAACCUUUUGAACCUAAGCAACCUAUUAAACCUGUGCAACCUGAUAUACAACCAAAAAAGAAAAUAAACACUGGAGGUAUUUUUUUUAAAGCCGGUAAACGAGCAGACGGAUCACCUGAUGCACCAGCAGCAUCGAGAUCUAAAUUCAUACUGACACCCAAGUCAAAUAGUAGUUUUGCUUCUUCCCGAUUCCUCUUCAGGCUCCGAAAAGUGUUUGCAAUCAGGAAGCAUAGCCAAGACGAUCCAUUUUAUUUAAAAAUGUUGAAAAUUAUCAAUGAAGACAAGAGUAAAUUGUCAGCUGAAAGCUGUGACAAUCACUGGACCAAGAAAGACAUUAAGGCCAAACUUGGUACUAAAGACGGUAACGUUGAAAUCAUGAAGGAAAUCUGUAAAGCUAUCAAAAGCGGCAGAGUAUCGGCAUCACUUAUAGAACUAGCUCUUAAUAAGAAACGAAAAGAAGAUCGGAAUAAUGCACAAUCAAUACAACUUGAAAGUAAAAAGUUUUAUAAAAAACCAAUGAGCCGAAAUCGAAUAAUUAUCAAAUUAGGCAGUAACGCUGGCCAGCAGAAAAUAUUAAGAAAAGUUGGUAAAGUUCGGCCGUUCAGAGAAUGCGUUCCUUACACGUCGCGAUUGAACUGCCGACGUAACUUUGUAAUGGCGUUGCAGUUACGAUAA